AUGUAGAACAGGGAUGGCAAAAGGAGAUAGUUAUCGUUAGCUGUAUUCAUAGAGAAACAGCUACGUUUGAAUGAUACAAAAAUAAAUUUAAAUGGAUUUGAACUCUAGAGAAACAAUCAGAGAACGUAAGACUUCUUCAAGAAUUACAUACAGAAAAGAGAUAAUGAAUUACUUCCCUUUCAAAUUAAGAGAUAUACAGAUGAAAGAAAACCUUAAAUAAUGUAAUAGAAUUCACAAGACUUUAUUGUUGUUGAAUAUGUUGAAGGUGGAAAGUUUUUGGAUGAAAUCGAUAGAAUAACUAUUCACACAUUUCGAAAAAUAUUUUAGCAGUUGAUUCACUCUGUUUUUUACCUCCAUGAACGAUAAAUUUUAGCAAGAUGUAUCUCAUCCUAAAACAUUUACAUUGAUCAAUUUGAAGAUAAAAUAUUUUUGUUUGAAUUUGGAUUCAGCCCAGCUUGUCCCUGUAAUUCAAUUUACAAACCAAAUCAUGAUAUUAAAUUGAUAAUUGAUAUUAUGAAUGAUCUCUAUUAAAAACGUUCGGGUUCAAAUCAUGAGUUUCUUGAGUUCAAAAAUAAAAUGGAUAAUUUAUAAAGGUAGCUUCCAACAAUAAAUAUAAUUGAAAGUUAUUUCUAAUUAUAUCAACUUGUUGAAGGUAGUCCUUCAAAUGAAAAAUUAAGAUAGGUAUACACAGAGUAAUGGGUUUUUGAUAUGACAGAAAAAAUCAGAAAUAUCGACUUUGUAUAACCAAUUCCCUUAGCCGUAUAAGACAAUGGUCUUGACUCUGAAUUAACAGAUGGAGAAUAGAAAACUCGACCAGAAUUAUAAGAACUUGCUAUUACAAUUUUUGAACAAUAGUAUCCUAAUGAACACACUCAAGUAGGAUUAAUGCUGUUACUUUAGUCUAUAUUAUAUUAACAAACUUACCCAAUCUAACAAGUUAAUCAAUCAUAAAUUCAAAAGUAACAUUAAAAAAUGAAUGAAAUAAAUGAUAGAAGAACAAAGAUAUCUAAUAAUUAUCAAAGUAUUUCAGAAGAAUUUCGUUAUAUUAUUUAACCUAACUUAGAGGAGAAGUAACUUGAACGCUAAAAGGAAUUAAUAAAGUCUUACUGUUAUUAUACUUAUUAUUCAACAUAUAAAUAAUUAUUUAAAGCUAAAAUGAAAGAAUAUAAGAAUAAAAAAAUAAUAUUAUUCACCCUUGAAGAAGCAAGAAUAUGCUUACUGCUGAUUGCGAGCAUAGAAAGGUUUAAAUCAAUGGAUAUAGAAAAUAUAUAUAAAUCUAUGGAAAUCUAAGAUAAAAUCAUAAAGAGUUUGGCAAUUUUAGAAAAAUAUAAACCACAAAAAUGA